AUGCCCUCCAUCUCCUUUCCAGACCCCUCGACUGUUCUCGGUAAUAUCCUUGCACAGUCCUCUGCAGAGGCUGCUUCUCUCCAUGGCCGCAAGGCGAAAACGCCGAUGCUUGCGGGGGCCAUCAUCGGGUCGAUAAUGGGCGCAGCAUACGUUGUCGGGUUCACGAUCUACUUCUACAAGCGGUGGCGGCACAAGAAGCUGAAGCGGCGCAUCGAGGCGGGCAAGGCACCGCCCCAGCCAGUCGUCGAGCCAAAGGAGCGGGUGGUUAUUCCGCCCGACCCAGCUGUGCUUUUGGGGCAGCAUAAGGGCGGGGAGGUUAUCUUGGUGGACGAGAAGGAGAAGCGGCACCACCACCACAGGCAAAAGUCGAAUGGACACGUGCAUGGGAAUGGGAAAGGGGUACAUGGCGACGCAGAUGGGGGAGGCUCGACUUCGCAUUUGGUUGAGGAGACGACCUGA